UUACAACGCAGAACGCCGACUGCACCGAGCUUCUGAUCUGGGGGGGAACUCCAACCCACCCAUGUAGACGUCCUCGUUCAGCCAACGGCUUCACCUGCGGACGAAGCUUUACCUGUCCUCCCACGUACCAGGAGAAAGAAGACUACCGGUCGCUCGUCAUCCAUCACCACCACUGCCUUGCCCGUCGCGUCGGGUGAUGUCGGUCGCUGUCUCCGCUCCCGGGGCACGGUUCGGAAGUUUGUCUCCCCUGGUGGGGACCUUGUCAAGACCGGCGGCCUGCGGAGUGCAGCCCCGCCCGCGCCGGCCGGAAGACGUUCGGAACAUCCGGGCCCAUCACCGGCCCUAGCGCCAUAUCCUCCAUGCGGCCAUUCGGCCACCGAGGCGACGAUUGUUGGACGUCUUUUGCCCAUCGCCGAGGAAUAGCGAACACUCCACGUCUCGGCCUCGAUCUCGCACAGACCAAAGCCGGCCCCGGAGCUGCUGCUGAUUCACCACACAGCUAUCCCUCUCCGCCCAUGUCGGGGUCUCCGCCGCUACCCCCGAAGAACAGCCGCGAGGUUGCCGAACAGGGCCAGGGGACGUAUCAGGCGACUAUACAUAAUGUGUAUCCGACCGCUUCGACUGCAGGAAACGAGGAGAGGGCGCAGGUAGCAGCCGCCGAUGGCUCCCGUGUAUACCUCUCAAAUCCGCCGGAUCGAGCAUCGUACGCUCUCCCCCCUAUCGAGGUACCGGGGGCAGGGUCAUUGCUCUACUCGCAUCCGCCCAGCCAGGGCGGCGCCCCCCAGCCGCCAGUCUACUUGCCUGCCCCCGGAACCGGAACGACCUCGAAUCAUCCCGGAUCUCUCCUCUCUCCACAAACGUCACAGAGAAAGACGAAAGGGCACGUGGCCUCAGCGUGCGUGCCUUGCAAGAAGGCGCACCUCCGAUGUGACGGUAUGUAACCUUAGUCGUAUUUGACCGAUAUUAAGCACAAACCAAAAUUAUGAACAACCGGGCUAAGGUGGCGGCAUUGGCGCUGCGGCUCCCGUCGUCGGGGUUCCCCUGGAAUUGAUUGACACCAUCAUAUUGUCAAAGCGAUUCCG